UUUUUCAAACUGUAAUUGAUCAAACGGUAUUAUCCUGGUCGUAGAUCAGUGACCAGGAUGGGCGUGACACUGAUUCAAAUGGUGUGAGAUAAGACUUCAGGUUUGGAGUUAUCGGAAGAAUAAAAUAAUACCAAACAAUGAAUAAGCCGACGAUCUGCGAUACUUUACUCUUGCUACCGCUGGUACAACUACCUUGUGUAAAAAAUGAGAUAAGGUUCGCAAUGAAAUUAAUCGAAAAACCUGCAAACAUUACCUGCAACACGAGCCCAACAUUUUGCCGAACAUUUUUAUUCCUUUGCUGAUCACAAUGUUAUGUAAUCAUCACUGAAAAUUUUCUGCUAUAAUCGAUGUCGAUCGAUUCUCAAGCUGACCCAGGCGAGCGCUCUGUGCGUCAAAGUUCCGGGUAGGUUAGGAUUAAAACCGCGGGAAAAUGGCGCAAAAGUCUAUAACGUCAUUUUUCACCAAACUUGUUCCAAAGACUGAUAAGAAUGAGGAACAACCCCAGCCAAGUGUAUCGUGUUCCUUCAAUUGGUUGCAUAUUGGUAAUAGUACAUCGAGAAAGAAGGAUGAAGAAGCGACUCCGUCCAAUGGAAAGAGAAAACGAAAUCAAAGUGCCUGCAGCAAUGGAUCUAUCACAUCUCCACCUGUAAAGAAGACUGGCACAAAUAAUGGCGUUGCAUCUUCAUCUCCCUCGCAAAUCUCAUCUAAAUGUGCUACAAAAAUUGCAAAACAACUAGAUCAAAAUAAAAAAAAAAUCUCACCUACUCCAAAAAAGAUAGGUAGAAAAGAUCGUGCGGUUGAUCCACUUGACGCAGCAAAUUCUGAAAAAGAAAAGGAAAACACACCCACAGUAAAAGAAGAAGGCAUUCAGAAGGCUUCCCCAAAAAGUAGAACCACUGAACAAAAUGAUGAUAUUUCUAAAAGCAAAAAAGCCUCUAAAAAAAGAUCCAGAAUAAUCGUCGACGAUUCUAGCGAUGACGACAUUCAUUUAAAACUCCCAGAUAGUCCAGUAAAGCAGGAUAAAAAAGCAUCUGUGGCUAGUCCUGUUAAAAAAGAGAGGUAUACCGAAGAUGAGAAAGCUGUUUCAGCCGACCAAGAUUCUGCGGAAGAAUUAGAUAAGAGUUCUAAAACAGAAAACCUAAAUAGUCCGCCAAUGACUAAAAAGUCUCCUAAAAAUAUUCAUAGCUUUUUUACCUCCAAGCAAAAGACAGAUCCAAAAGGAGAAGUUAACAAAUCUAGCAGUGGCAAGGGUAAAACAUCGGCUCACCCUUACGAUCCAAGCCUUCCGAAGUACCAUCCAAUAGACGAUGCUUGUUGGAAGCGGAACGAAAAAGUGCCGUACAUUGCAUUAGCUCGUACCCUAGAAGUGAUUGAAAACACCAGUGCCAGGUUAAAGAUGAUUGAGAUUCUUUCAAAUUACCUUCGAUCUGUCAUUGUUCUAAGCCCCGAAGACUUACUUGCAAGUGUUUAUCUCUGCCUCAACCAAUUAAGCCCAGCGUAUGAAGGUAUUGAGUUGGGAAUAGCUGAAACCACGUUAAUGAGGGCGAUUGCACAGUGCACCGGAAGGACAAUUGCACAGAUAAAAUCAGAUGCACAGAAAGUUGGAGAUUUAGGAAUCGUUGCUGAAGAAAGUCGUUCGAAUCAACGAAUGAUGUUCCAACCAGGACCUUUGACUGUUGCAAACGUAUUCAUUAAACUGAAAGAAAUUGCGCAGAUGACUGGACAGGCUUCCAUGGGCAAGAAGGUGGAUAAAAUUCAAUCUCUUUUCGUUGCUUGUCGAUUUUCUGAAGCACGUUACUUCAUACGUUCUUUGGCUGGAAAGCUUAGGAUAGGUCUGGCCGAGCAAUCAGUUUUACAGGCGAUUGCUUUGGCUUGCACUAUGACUCCGCCUGAUCAAGAUUACCCUCCAAAAAUUUUAAAUUAUAGUGAGAAAAUAUCCGCUGAUAAGUUCAAACGAGACUAUGAUGAGAAGGCCUUGAUUCUCAAAACUACGUAUUGCGAGUGUCCAAAUUAUGAUUUGAUCAUUCCCGUUCUAUUGAAAGAUGGGCUAGAAGCUUUGCCUGUUAAAUGUAAGCUUUCUCCUGGUAUUCCACUAAAACCCAUGCUGGCGCACCCGACAAAAGGUGUUCAGGAAGUCCUGACACGAUUUGACGGAUUGAAAUUUACUUGCGAGUGGAAGUAUGACGGAGAAAGGGCACAGAUACAUAUAGCUGAAAAUAACGACGUAUCGAUAUACAGUAGGAAUCAAGAAAACAACACGAGCAAAUAUCCAGAUGUCAUCGGAAGGCUGGUCAAUACACGUUCCGAUAAUGUUAAAAGCUGUGUCUUGGACUGUGAAGCUGUUGCUUGGGAUCGAAAUGAAAGGCGAAUUCUUCCGUUCCAAGUACUGAGUACCAGAAAACGAAAGGAUGCAAACGAAGCUGACAUCAAAGUUCAAGUAUGUAUAUUCAUGUUUGACCUACUCUAUUUGAACGGAGAGGCAUUGGUGAAAGAACCAUUCAUAAAACGGAGGCAACUGUUGAAAGAAAAUUUUAAAGAAGUUGAAGGAGAAUGGCAAUUCGCUACAAGUUUAGAUACAUCCACAAUGGAAGAGGUCCAAGUCUUUCUGGAGGAGUCCGUUAAAGGAAACUGUGAGGGUUUAAUGGUAAAAACUUUGGAGCAAGAUGCAACGUAUGAGAUUGCAAAACGAUCUCGAAACUGGUUGAAAUUGAAAAAGGAUUAUCUGGAAGGAGCUGGUGAUACCCUGGAUGUAGUGGUCAUCGGUGGCUAUAUUGGAAGAGGCAAAAGAACUGGAACUUAUGGGGGAUUUUUACUGGCUUGUUAUGACCAAGAUAAUGAAGAGUAUCAGAGUAUUUGCAAGAUUGGCACUGGCUUCAGUGAUGAAGCUCUGCAACAGCACACAGAAUAUUUAAAGCAACACAUUAUCCCUGAACCUAAAGCAUAUUACCGACACGAUGGAAGUCAAGAACCUGAUCACUGGUUUGACGCUACCCAAGUUUGGGAAAUUAAAUGUGCCGAUCUCUCCCUGUCGCCUGUGUACAGAGCAGCCUCCGGCAUUGUUGAUCCGGAAAAAGGUAUAUCUUUACGCUUUCCACGAUUUAUUAGAAUACGUGAAGACAAAAAUUGCGAAGAUGCAACUUCUGCUCAACAAGUUGCAGAAAUGUACAACAAUCAAGAACACAUAAAAAAUCAAACUAGUAAAAAUAAGGUUACGGAAGAAGACUUUUAUUAGGUACUCAUAUUUUUGUUGCGUCAUAGUCCCACCGAUGGAGUUAAGGUUGGAUUAUUAUGUCAUUUAAACAAGAUGUUAUACCUUUGGUCAUUGUACGUACACAAUAUUCAUGAGUAGCAUCUAUUUUAUUUUAUUUCUUUAGUGCAUCAUCGUCAUCAUCAUCAUCAUCAUCAUCAUGUAGAAAUGGUGAACAAUGUACUCGGUAUUAGUAAUGACAGUUAAAUAUUAUUUACAACAUACUUACUAUGGAUUCAAAUCAACAGAGAUUUUCAUGAUUUCCAUGGUAAUCAAACUCCUUCACAUUUGUACUGAAUGGAAAUUAUUGGAUAUAGACCUGAUACGUAUUACAUAAAUCAUUGGGCGAAUA